CGCACGCCUUCCCUUCCCCCAGCCCCCACCAAAUUCAGUCGUUCGCGCGCGUCGCCAUUGACGAGGCGUCUACGUCCCAUACAAUUGUAUGCUGUGUUUACAAUUCAGUGUUUUUAAGUUGAAUAUAUCAAUACAAGUGACAGUGUGAAAAUACAGUUUGUGUCAAGGAAUUGUGUGCUAAUAAUUGUGGUUUACGAGUACCAGACCAGCCAACCACGGCAGGCGCCGAGCGCAGCUCGGGCGAUGCGGUCGGGACGCGAGUGGCGCGGCGUUGCGUAAUGCGACGCGCGUGCGGCGUCACUGGCGGGCUGGUGGCGGCAUGUGUGCUGCUACUGGCCGGUAGCGUGCACGCGGUGCCCACUGUGCAGAAACUGGCGCCAGGAAUAUGCCCCUCGUUGGACAUCCGGGGCAGUCCGGAGCAGAUGCAGAAGCUCCGCGGCUGCCGCGUGGUGGAGGGCCAGUUGAGUAUUGUCGUCAUGGAACACGCCACGCCCAAGGCCUUCGAGAACGUCUCCUUCCCAGAGCUCCGAGAGGUCACUGACUUCAUUAAGAUCUAUAGAGUGAAAGGCGUGCGCAACCUUGGCGAUCUGUUUCCCAACUUGACUGUGGUGCGUGGAAUGCAGCUCUACAAAGAUUAUGCUAUCGUUGUUUACGAUAGUGCACAUCUCGAGUCCUUAGGGCUCCGGUCUUUGACGAAAAUUGAACGGGGAGCCGUUCGCAUACAACUCAACGACAGAUUGUGUUACACCAACACUAUAGACUGGAGUGCGAUCGUCAGCGAGAAUGACUUGCCUAACGUCAAGAUUAGGUCAAACUACGACACACGCUUGUGCGCGCUGUGCCCCAACGCGCAGAGCCGCGUGGAAGACCACAAACAGCUGCAGAAGCAGUGCCCCGCGGACUCCACGGGCAGGCUGCUGUGCUGGGACGACAAGCAUUGUCAGAAAAUAUGCCCCCGCGAGUGUGAGCCGUACGGCUGCACGCCCGACAACGAGUGCUGCCCGAAGACCUGCCUAGGUGGCUGUAGCGGCAACUCGUCGCGUGACUGCUACGUCUGCAGGAACUUCUCCAUCGGUUACGGCAAGGAACGCCAGUGCGUCGAGAAGUGUCCCGUCAACACGUACCAGUUGGCGCGUCGCUGCGUGACGGAGCACGAGUGUCGCUCAAUGCCGACGCCCCCGCCGGGCGCUGUGGAUCCAGGCAUCCACGCGUACAAGAUCCUCAACAACACGUGCGUCUACAUAUGCCCCAGUGGGUACACGGAAGAAGGCGACAAGCGCACCGCCCGAUGUACAUCAUGCCCGGGCGCCCGCUGCAAGCGCGAGUGUAACGGCGCCCGAAUAGAUUCCGUCGCCGCUGCCGAACAGUUCCGAGGCUGCACGCACGUUAAAGGCACCCUGGAGAUAUCACUCCGCGCCACUGGUGGUAACGCAAUGGCUGCCUUAGAAGCGGCACUUGGUGAAAUUCGAGAGAUCGCAGGCUGCUUGAAGGUAACCAGAUCGUACACUCUGAUCUCACUGAUGUUCUUGAAGAGUCUCAAAACUAUUAUCGGCUCACCGACUGAAAACAAGGGUCAAGCGCUGCACGUAUUUAACAAUCCAAACUUGGAGAUACUGUGGGACUGGUCAACGUUUGGCGAGCUGAACAUCACCGGUGGCACUCUCUACAUACAUUUGAACCCGAAGCUGUGCUACUUCCAAAUACUGCCGCUGAAGAAGAUGACGCACAACCCGCGCUCCAACUUCACGGAAAUCGAGGUGUCCGAAGACAACAACGGUGAUCAAGCGUCAUGUUCCCCGAAGAACUUGCAGCUGACGGUGCAACUGCUUCGCUACGACACGGCGCUACUGAAAUGGGACACGUACUGCGUGGCGGAUAUACGCAAGCUGCUGGGCUACUCGGUGUACUACAUCAUCGCAGAGCAGAACGUCACGCUCUACGGGCAGCGGGACGCUUGCUCUGACUCUUGGAACGUACUAGAUGUGACGAUAGACGAAGCGCGCAGCCACAACAACUCCUCGAGCGAAGACCAUACUUUGAUAACGGACGUAUGCAACCUGCAGAACCAGCCGCAGUUCAAGAUAAUCCGGCCGCUAAUACCGUACACGCGAUACGCCGCGUACGUGAAGACUUACACUACGCAGCAAGAUAAGAUGGGCGCGCAAAGCCCUAUAAUCUACUUCAGAACUUUGCCGGGCCGGCCGAGUCCACCAGCGGGCUUGGUAGUGGAGUCCACCGGGCCGCAUUCGGUGAAGAUCAAGUGGUCCCCGCCGGUGAUGCCCAACGGCACCAUCGUGGCGUACCACGUGAAGAUCCAGGCCAAUAGCUACAACCUCCCCAAGAUUCUAGCCUGGAGGAACAAUUACUGCGGCAAUCCCAAUGCGCUGGCUAACAUUAUCGCUGGUCGCGGCGAAAUGUCCCCGGAGAAGGAAGAGGCUAAAACCACUGGUGACGUGAAGAACGGAUCGUGCUCUUGUAAGGACGAUUCUCGGGCCGGCACCAUGUUCACAUCCCGCGCGGAAGAGGAACGGGACGAGACUAUCAACUUUGAAAACGAACUACAGAAUGGGGUAUACAUAAAAACUGAAAGAUCUAACCGCGAGAAAUUCGCUGAAAAUGCUGGUAACGUGCGAGCGCGUCGAUCGAUUGACUUCACACUGAAUAGCAUGCUCGUCAUACUGACGGAGAACUCUGACCCCGUGCUCGGGUACAACUACACCAACACCACAGACAGAGACGGCUAUGUGCAGUCCCUGUAUUAUGAGCUGCCCAGUAACAACACAUCGCUAACUGUACGGGAUAUGCGUCACUUCACAUGGUACACGGUCAACGUUUGGGCGUGUCGGAAGCGCGAACAGAACGAAAAAGAUCAAGCGUACUCAGACCAGUGGUGCUCGAAGCGCGCAUUCAACAUAUUCCGAACGCUGGAACUCACCAACGCGGACGUUGUGACGCAUCUGCAAGCAGAAGUGUUAGCAUCCAACAAAACGUUGCCGGACGUAAACGUGACUUGGGAACCGCCGAAAAAUCCGAAUGGGUUCGUCGUUGCAUACAACGUUCAUUAUACGCCGAUAGAAGACUCCAAUCAGGCUCAAGAUGUGGUGUUGCAAACUUGUCUCAUGGCGGACGACUACGAAAGCAACGGACGAUCAUAUAUGCUUCGUAACUUGCAUGCCGGAAACUACAGCGUCCGCGUUACACCUAUCACCGUUAGCGGCGCUGGGAACGCCUCCGAUAUAUACAUAUAUAUACCGGAGCGCACCCUCGAGUCCGGCUACGAAUGGGUAUGGGGCCUUGUGGGCGGAUGCCUAUGUAUGGCGCUAGUGGCCGGCGGCGGGGUUUGGUACGCAAGGCGCGGGGUUCUGUCCCCGGCUGAGGCUAACAAGCUGAUCGCGUCCGUCAACCCGGAGUACGUUCCCACGGUGUACGUGCCCGACGAGUGGGAAGUGCCCCGCAACAACAUACAGUUUGUCCGGGAACUGGGGCAAGGAUCCUUCGGCAUGGUGUAUGAGGGUAUUGCGAAGAGCAUUGAAAAAGGCAAACCAGAAACUCGGUGCGCUGUGAAAACUGUCAAUGAACAUGCCACUGACAGGGAGCGUAUCGAGUUCCUGAACGAGGCCUCAGUGAUGAAGGCGUUCGACACGUUCCACGUGGUCCGCUUACUGGGCGUCGUGUCCCGUGGGCAGCCCACACUCGUAGUGAUGGAAUUAAUGGAGCUGGGUGACUUGAAGACUUACUUGCGCUCGCACCGCCCCGACGCGGAGGUCGAUCUGCCGCGCAAAGGGCCCGCCAACCCACCCACUCUGCAGAAUAUACUGCAGAUGGCUAUUGAAAUAGCCGACGGUAUGGCUUACCUAUCGGCUAAAAAGUUUGUGCAUCGCGACCUAGCGGCGCGCAACUGCAUGGUCGCCGGCGACCUCACUGUCAAAGUGGGCGACUUCGGCAUGACCAGAGACAUUUAUGAGACUGAUUAUUAUAGGAAAGGCACCAAAGGCCUACUGCCGGUGCGAUGGAUGAGCCCCGAGAGCUUAAAAGACGGGGUCUUUUCCAGUGGUAGCGACGUUUGGAGUUAUGGCGUCGUUUUAUGGGAGAUGGCGACACUCGCUAUGCAGCCUUACCAGGGCCUAUCGAACGAGCAGGUGCUCCGUUACGUAGUCUCUGGUGGGGUAAUGGAGCGGCCGGAGCAUUGUCCGGACCGGCUGUACGAACUCAUGCGGGCGUGCUGGGCCCAUCGAGCUCACCAGAGACCCUCGUUCCUGAGACUGGUGGCUGAUCUGACGCCCACAGCACAGCCAUCCUUCCGACACCGCUCCUUUUUCAACACGCCGCAGGGGCAGGAGAUGUACGCGCUGCAGCGAUCCGCCGCCGACGAGGAGCAAGAGAUGCCGGAGGUGAACGUAGGCGCGGUAGCGACCGGCUCCGGGUCGAACCUCUUCGGUGUAUCAGGCCGCUUAGCGUCGUGGGUACGGGAGUUGUCGUCACUACGGUCCCGCGCCUCCGACGACGCGGCCGCGGAGCCGCUGCAGCCGGUCGGGGCGCCGCGGCCCGCCAACGGAGACCUGCCCGCGCCGGGCUGCUAGCGCCGUCUGGCUCACCCACCGACGCAGACGUAGAUCGAAAUGGACGACGCAAGUGUAUGUAAGCAGUUCGCGAGCCAAUAUCAUGCCGUAAGCAUUUUUCUCGCUAUUUUAUUUCAGCGCGUCAUCAUUCAAACCAGAUGCCUAAUUGUGGCAUAUCAAGCUGUGCACUUUUACAGCUUGAUAUGCCACAAUUAGGCAUUAUCAAAAUUAGACACGUUCGGUUCUCGCACAAUUUGAAGCACUUACGUCGUCCACUUAGAUCUAGGUCUGUGACCGACCACCUCUAUCUACCUCAGGCCUGGGCGCCCUGUCGACGCACCGCACUGCAAACGCCGCGCCAAUAACACAGUUGCCCUACCUUUGAAUCAUUCGUAUUCUCAAAUUUACACUAUUUUUUAAUUUAAAUAUUGUACCUGUUUCUCGCUUUUUUCUUUUCUCAAAUGUAGACAGCGAAUGGACUGAGCGUUCCCUGUCCAAAUGUAAAGUCAAAGAGUGAGACACGCUUUCUCUCUUUCUAGAGAAUUGCAUAUAUCAUGCGAGUGUCGUUCAGUCUUUGUGUACCGUUCAUAGUUAAAUUAGUCAUCUAAACAGAUUUGUACUUUUAAAAUGUUCUUACACAAGGAGUCGUUCUUGACCUUAAUGUGCAUGCUAUGCCUUCCAUAUCAAACCACUGAUUCAAACAUAGGGCACCGAUUCCCGCCUUACCCUGCGGACUGGACCGCGUUUAGAAAGUACGUCGCUAGUCGAUGGGGCCCUUUUGGCUCUUCGAAUCCUAGUUGUAAGCGUAGCUAGUGAAUCGUGCACUGCGGCAGAGACCGCGGGCCGCCUCGUUUAUUUAUUGCAUGCGUGCUCCUUGGCGAACGCCCUUCUUGGCAGCUCAAACUUUACAAAUACAUUUGUAUCUACAACUUUUUUCUGUUUUACUGACAAACGUUCGAUUAGUAAAGCGUUAUCCAGAUACGGAUAAAAUUACUAAGGGUCGAACUUUAUUGUUAAGCUCAGAAAAACCUAGUAAAUAAGUAAGGACUUGUUAACCAGUUGACUUUUGUUUAAUGAAAUUGUGGGCGGCCGCCGAGGCGCACGCGCAGUUUUUCGUCUGACGGUUCGUUUCAUAUCAGGAAAUUAAUAUUUUUGCUGAGGCGAUUUUGAGAGUCGAUAUGUUUCGACGUGAAUCCUAUAUAGUUUACCUCAAUUAAAUAGUUGUAUUGGUGUCAUUUUUGACAAAGCCUACUAAUGUUAAGUUUACGAUGUAAGAUGUAAUGUGUGUAUAGGAAUGUUGACUAGGUCGUGUACAAAUUAAUUUUUAUUCAGUUCUUUAGCGUGCCGCCGGCGUUGUUUUUAAUCUUACAUGCGAGUGUCGAAUUUGUCGAUAUUGUUGAGUUAUAGUUAUUGUUAAAAGCACUUUUUGUUGAAAGUGCAUCGCGAUCUACGGAUUAGGCACUCGUGUGCUAUGUGAAUCUUUAUGCAACUAAGUAACUGACAACAUCAAUAUUGUAUUCAAUUUAUAUUCUACUCUAUUCUGAUGUCCAAUUGAGUAAUGAAUAUUUUUAAAUACCUGUGUAUCGAGACCGCGGAAGCAAUGAAAAUCUAGUUCUGAAAUAAUCUCUUCAUUUGACACUAUUAUGUAUGUUCAGUCUGGUUAUAUAAUAUUACUUUGUUAUAUAAUGUACCUAUUUUAAGAGCUUUAAAUAUUUUUUAACGUUAGAUGCAUGCAUGAUUUUUUGUUAAAUGUUUACUUCCUGAUAACUUCUUCUCCUUCUCUUUGUUUGUCAUUACCUAUUUGCUGCAAAAAAGAUUCGACGAAACUGACAAACGACGACGGUCACUCUUGUUUCAAUGUAUCUUUCGACAGAUUUCGACUAACAACGACCGAAUAGCUAAUAUGUGUUUAUAGUUCUAUGUAUUUUACUAUACUCAGUUUAUGUGAAGCCAGCUGUUGUAAAACACCAACAAUUACAGUGCUACCUUAAUAUAACGUACCUCAAUAUAACGACUUCCUUGAUUUAACAAAUUCUUCGUAAUCCCCUUGAAUUUUUCAUAAGAGUCAAUGUUAAAUAUACCAUUACAUUUUGAACAUUUUUGUCGAAUAACCUCUUUAUGACAUAUGUUGAACUACCAAAAAAGAGUAAAUACGUCUAAUUAACGAAUUUUGUCAACCAGGAACCUCUAUAUAACGUUUCCAUCAAUAUAUGGCCCUUAAUCCCAUAUUACGUGACUCAUGUCACGACAGGAAACUAUUUUUACCUCUAUAUAACAAAUUUUAGACCAACCUAACCUCAAUAUAACAAACCUCAUUUUAAAAAAUUACUCGAUAUAACGAAUAUAUACUUGUUCCCUUCCGGUUUGUUAUAUCAAGGUUGCACUGUAUAAUGAAUCUGAAAUCAAUGUGUUCCCGAUCAAUUACAAUGCAAUUGAUUUACCUGCCAUUGUUGUUACAUAGUUAUAUUAUACCUACUAUUAUUGUUUAUUUCAAGAUAUACUCUUCAUAUUGCGAUGUAGGUAGGCCACCUGCAUUAAUAAAUAGUCAUCUUUAAUACAAAAUGUAAACCAAUGCUUCUACUGACAUCUAGUUAUAUGUUAUAAUCUCGUUAGUUAAUUUACAGCAUCUGAGUGAAUAAAUUCACCACUUAAUUAAUCAUUAUAUAGGUACUCUGAAUGAAACGAAUGCGAUAAAUUUAUCGUCAUAUAGAUGAAUUAUAGACAGUCGGAGACUGAUUUCGUAUUACUUGUUACCAAAUGAUUAUUAAUGCGAUUAUAUAUUUUUAAAUACUUUAGUCACAAUUAAUAUUCGCACAAACUUUAGUUUUCAUUAAUGUUUUCAUGUGGUUACCUUAUCCUUAUACUACUGAACUUUACAAGUAAUGUGUUCAUUGGGUGUCUUUUUAUAAUAUAAUUAAUCCAGUUGGCUAAUCAAUCUUAAUAUUGAAAAAGUUUUAUAUUGCGUGUUCGGGCUCCGAUUGUAGUUUAUUUUAUAAAUAAUGAAACUCCUUCGCGAGAUGAAUUAAACUAUUUUUAAUGCAAUUGAUAUUAUGAAUUGUUCUAAUAUUGUAUUAUAUAUAUAUAUAUAUAUACAUAUAUACAUUAUAUA